AUGGACGCUUCAGCAAGGUCAUUUCUGCUGGAGCUGAUGGCAAAGUCCAAAAAAGGAUUGUCAUUGGCAGAGCAACUGUGCAGCCAGGCACGCGAGGAACUGGACGCUUGCCAGAGUCAUUCAGACGAAAUUGAAAAGAUCUGCUCGAAGCUAUGCUUCGUCUCUCGCCAAAUAAAGAUCCAGAUUACGACUGUCGAAUCGCUGCUACGGGUGGGACGCGCACGGCUCGGAGAACUAUCAACUGCCUCAAAAGAUCUUCAAAGAGACCUUAAGAGCGUAUCUAUUCGCAUGGACCAUGCGCUCCGUGCACUGCGGAACAAAGAGGUCGAUUCCGAGAUACAGAAGGCCCGUCAAGUAGACACCAAUUCAACAGAUAAUAAUCCAAAGUCAACAGCUCUUUUUGAUUUCUUGGACGAGGGCAACUUACAGCGUCUGCAGCAAGAGUCGACUGAGAGGCUACAGCGAAUCCAAUCAACUACCGAUCGAUUGCAGGAACUAGUUGCAUACUUUAGCAGCCAGCGGACAGAAUUCAGAGGAUACCUUAACAACGCCAUCACGUUGGAUGAAUCUGCAUUGUCGUUUGCAAGAGAAAAAAUGCUAUUACAGGAGCAGCACACCACUACCAUGGCGGAAUCCCUUGUCUCCUUGGCAAACCACUAUGAUCAAGUCGCUCAAGUACUAACUGCCGAUAUCCAGCCCAUGCAGGAGGAAUUAGAUGUUCUGGAUAGCGAUACGGCGGAAGUACUAGUGAUCAUUGAAGAACUGGAAGAAUCGCUUGCGCUAGUGCAGGCUACGAGUGAGGAGAUAGGUGUCCGUGAGCACCUUUAUACAAUGGCGUACCAGGAGGCAGCUGUAUUCUUCAAGAAGAUCGAAGCUCUGGAACCAGAACUUGUGCAGAUGGUUGAGGCCUUUCGAUCUGCAGAAGGUCUAGAGGAAGAUUUCGAUGCAACAGAAAAGCUGAUCAGCGAGAUUAACGGUCUUGCUAUAUGGUAUGAGGAGUUCCACAACUCCUACGGCGCGCUGACUGUCGAGAUCGUGCGACGACACCAAGCCCACGAGGCACAGCAACGCCUUGUCAAUGAUUUCGUCAGCCAUGAGAUGAACCGACGAGCUGUCUUUUCAGAGAUGCAUGGCAAGUUUCUCCCAGUAGAUCUUUGUCCAUCUUUUGAUGAUCCACCUGUGCAAUAUGAAGUCGUCUCGCAUGGACAUUGGCUCCUGCCCAUGCCUACACGCGCUACUCUUCAACUCGUAGACGAUCACCUGCACAACUCGGAGGGACUCAACUUUAGACCUGCAAGCCGUAUUUAA